AUGCCCUCCACCCGUUUAACCCAAGUUCCACAAGCGGUGCUCGACCUUAACGGCGACCUAGAAGAACUAGUCUACACCAAGGCGGCAAUUGGAAUCUACGACCGAACUAUGCUGGCAAUCACCAACUCGACAAUGGCACCGGCACAGCUCAACCUCCACCGCGGGUCCUGGCUGCAGGCUAAGUCGAAAGUGGCUUCUUUGCACCGGAGCAUCGUGGCGGAUUUCAAUCGACUCCCUCGUCAUAUGAAACGAACCUUUGUGAGGGCUAAUCGCUCCACUCUGUGGGAGCAUGGAUUUCGGCCAUCCACUGAUGACUUGGAGAUUGUUCGUCCUGGUAAACCGGAAACCACUAUUCCCUCUACCCAAUUGACUUACGUCCCACCACUAGCGUUCCUGGACCUCGACAACUACCUACAAGAACUAAUCUACGUCAAAGCGGCGUUGAGUCUCUACGGCCGAACUAUGAUAACAAUCAGAAACUCGACAAUACCAAUGACCCGGGCUAUGCAUAAUCACCGCGUCACGAUCUGGGUGGAAGCUAUGGCGAAAAAGGUAUUUUUGCAACGGGACAUCAUGGAGAAUUUCAAUCGGUUGCCGCAGGAUAUGAAACGCAUCUUUGUGAGGGCUACUCGCUCGGAUCUAGAGGAGAAUGGGUUUCGGCUAUCAGCCGAUGAGUUGAAGAUUACCUGCCCUGUUAGCUCCUUCAGGGACAUCCAAUGA